AUGGGCUGGCUCUGGGCAUCGGGCUCUCCCAAAGAGCCAACGGCGCCUCCAGCCGACAAGGCAGCAACGACCACAACUACAUCCCCGUCUACAUCGGCACCCAAGACUGCACCGAACGAACCCAGCAUGGACCCUGAGAUCCAAAAGUUCUUCGACCUCUUCAACAACGACAGCAAGAAGCCCGAGCCUCCCACGCCGGCACCAAAGUCAGAUCCGACAUCCUCUGGCCCAUCACAAGCAGAACCCGAGUCCAAAUCAUCAUGGUUCGCACUCAAAGCGUCUAAAUCGAUCGACCCAGCGUCCGAGAACGCUCCCCCUCGCGAUCCCCUCUCCGAAGCUCUGCUCCCCACCGAAAUGUCCUGCCGCCAGGCCUUCGAUCUCGCAUGGGCGUGCAACUCCCUCGGAGGCCAGUUCAACGCUGUCUACCGCAACGGCGAGAUGCGCUCCUGCAGCCAGCAAUGGGACGACUUUUGGUUCUGCAUGCGGACCAAGUCGCAUACGGGUGCUGUCAAGGCCGAUGCGGUCAGGCAGCACUACCGCAACAAGGAGUACGAGAAGUACUACAAGCCCGGGGCGAGGAGCAGCGAGGACAUCUGGCAGAGUAGGGAUUGGGUCGUCCGAGACGACGAAGUGUUCACACAGGCAUUUGAUGCAAACACGCAACUAGACGACGACGAGUGGAGGCGGAAGGACAACGAGAGGCGCAGGCAGGUGAGGGAGAGUUUGGGGAUUGACAAGCCGGCGAAUGCAUCGUGA